CCUUGUUUCUCCCAGCCACCACUGCGAUCCCACGACGACGCUCGCCGAAGCACGGUGUUUGGUUUCGACUUCGACGCGGCAAACGCAGCUCCGAACAAGGACGAGGAAAUAGUUGUUCUCGCCGAGGAAAACUCGUGAUCUCCGUGCGAGGGAACUCGAGGAACGGUUCCUCGGCGUCGAUUACUUUGCUGUAAAUAUGUCGUGUUAGUACCGUAAAUGUCAAACACGAUGAGCUUCUCCAGCGAUGAGGUCAACUUCUUGGUUUACCGAUACCUGCAAGAAUCCGGCUUCCAACAUUCUGCUUAUACAUUUGGCAUCGAGUCACAUAUAUCGCAAAGCAAUAUUAAUGGAGCUUUAGUACCACCGGCAGCUCUUUUAUCCAUACUUCAGAAGGGACUACAGUAUACAGAAGCAGAAAUAUCUAUAGGUGAAGAUGGCACGGAACAGAGAAUGGUGGAAUCAUUAUCUCUUAUCGACGCUGUUAUGCCAGAUGUGGUUGCGACACGACAGAAUCAAAUUAACCAACAGAAACAGCAGGGCAAAGCUGAUGGUCAGGAUACGAAUGGCGAAGAAGUUGUCACAUCUAAUGAAGUAAGUAAUAAUGAUCGAACUGGCGACAGAGGAACGGAGAUGGAAGUGGACGAGCCGACGACAGGAGCGACGACAGGCUCCAACGCCAGUGCCGUUGAAAUUCCUGCUAGUAAGGCUACAAAAUUACGCGGUCACGAAUCGGAAGUCUUUAUUUGUGCCUGGAAUCCGACUACUGAUCUUUUGGCUUCUGGUUCGGGUGAUAGUACUGCACGUAUUUGGGACAUGUCCGAUAAUUCACUAGCACCCAAUCAAUUGGUUUUGCGUCACUGUAUUCAAAAGGGAGGUACCGAAGUGCCUAGCAAUAAGGAUGUUACUUCGUUAGAUUGGAAGUGUGAUGGUACAUUACUUGCAACUGGAAGUUAUGAUGGAUAUGCGCGUAUAUGGACAACUGACGGCCGGCUGGCAUCUACUUUGGGUCAACAUAAAGGUCCGAUCUUCGCGUUGAAGUGGAACAAACGCGGCAAUUAUAUUUUGAGCGCUGGCGUCGAUAAAACUACCAUCAUCUGGGACGCCGAAAGCGGGCAGUGUACGCAACAGUUUAGUUUCCAUUGCGCACCAGCUUUAGAUGUCGACUGGCAGACAAACACAUCAUUCGCGAGUUGUUCCACAGAUCAGUGCAUACACGUAUGCAAACUUACCGUUGAUAAGCCGAUCAAGAGCUUCCAAGGACAUACAAACGAAGUUAAUGCAAUUAAAUGGGAUCCACAAGGAAACUUAUUGGCUAGUUGUUCGGACGACAUGAGUUUAAAAAUCUGGUCUAUGAAGCAAGAUACAUGGGUACACGAUUUACAGGCACACAGCAAAGAAAUUUAUACUAUCAAAUGGUCCCCGACUGGUCCAGGAACACACAAUCCGAAUAUGAAUUUAACCUUGGCGAGUGCGUCAUUUGACUCUACUGUUAGGCUGUGGGAUGUGGAGAGAGGUGUAUGCAUACACACACUUACAAAACAUACCGAGCCAGUUUAUAGCGUAGCGUUUAGUCCGGAUGGGAAAUUUCUCGCUAGUGGCAGCUUUGACAAAUGUGUUCAUAUAUGGUCCACUCAAAGCGGGCAGUUGGUGCACAGUUACAAGGGGACGGGUGGCAUUUUCGAAGUCUGCUGGAAUAGUCGCGGCGAUAAAGUCGGCGCAUCAGCAUCCGAUGGCAGUGUAUUCGUUCUCGAUCUUCGUAAAUUAUAAUUACCUCAGCAUUAUAGAAGGAAUAUUUUUUAUUAUCAACAUCAACUCGCGGCAAUUUAGUUAGAAUUUGAUAUAAUAUCAGCCAUUCAUAUUCUUUUACUUUUCUAUUAUACAGGAUGAUCCAUAUUAUUAUCAUGAAUAUGCAUGAGCCUGAUUUGCAUGAGAACUAUAAUGAUAUCUUGCAUAAAACGUGCAAUGAUAAAAUUUCAUUUACAAUUAGUGAUGUCUUUAUGGUUCACAGUUUUUUAUGACAAUUUGAAUAGAACGAAAUCUAUGAAUAUAUUUUGUGAAUAUACUUUAUCUAUAUUCUUGAUUAUAAGAAGAUUUAUGGAUUUUAAUUGUGCUAAAAAAUUAUACGGUUUUAUAAAUCUCUUAGUUAUAUAUUUAAAUACUUAAUUAAUAAACAAACGCGCAAUAAA